CAAAAUUUUAACUAUCAUGGCCGACUGGGAAAGAUAUUUUGAUUCUGAAAUUCCUCCCACGAAUUUGGAAGAAACUCGUAAGACUAUAUUUACUUUUGCUGCUGGUCAUGUUCAAAAUUCCAGAAAUAUAGUGUACAUAACGUCUGGUGGUACAUCAGUUCCUUUGGAAGCAAACACCGUGAGGUUUAUUGAUAACUUUAGUUCUGGUUCAAGAGGUGCAGCUUCUGCUGAAUAUUUUUUAUCACAAGGAUAUGCAGUUAUAUUUGUCUACCGUCAAAAUUCUGCAUUGCCAUUCCAAAGGCAUUUCACUUCCCACAAUCCACUAGAAUUUUUAACUCUUCAUGAUCUUCAUGACCAUGUCGAGAAUCCUCUGCUUAAAAAUAUAACUGUGGAUGAAUCAAAGAUACCUAUCCUCAGAGGUAUUCUUACACAAUAUAAAGAGGUGAAACGUAAUGGUUGUUUGCUCCAAAUUGAAUUUUCAACUCUCAGCAGUUAUUUAUUCCUUCUGCGCAUGUCAGCAGUAACAUUGGCAUCGUUUGGGCAGCGUGUUAUGUUCUAUUUAGCAGCGGCUGUUUCUGACUUCUAUAUACCACGUGACAAUCUUUCCACACACAAGCUGCAGUCUAAUCAAGGUCCGCUCGUGUUAAAUUUACAACAAACACCCAAGUUGCUACAGCCGCUUGUAAAGGAAUGGUCUCCUCGAGCUUUUGUAGUGUCGUUCAAAUUGGAAACAGAUGUAAAUAUAAUCUCUAAAAAAGCAAGGGAAUCGCUCAGCAAAAACUCGCAUCAGGUCGUGAUAUCGAAUAUCCUUCAAACCCGGCGAAAAACCGUCGUGAUUGUAACUGCAAGUGCAGAAAAUGCUAUAUGGAUGUCGGACAGCGAACUCGAGAAAGGAAAAGAUAUCGAAGAAAAGAUUGUCGCUGAUUUAGUAAAGAAACAUAACGAUUUUAUCACUCAAAAUUCUUUAUCAGAGUUCAAUUCGGGUACUGAUAUUGUCUUGGAUAAGAACUUUCCAGUUUCAAGCACAAGUGGACAGGUUAUUUAUUUAUCAGAAGGUACACAUUAUCAACUUCAGAAUAGAGUUGGGGAAAACUCAAUUGGAACCAGUACGGUGCUGCUAAGUCAAAACGAUACACAUCAAUUUACUGUGCCGAGUUCAUUUACCUACAAAAGGCCAGGUGGCGUUCUGACGUCAACAGCCUCGUUGCACCCAGACAACAGCGACGUCAUCAACUACACAUCAAAAUUUAAAUUUUCCAAUGACAACACAGCGUUGUCCGAGGAGAUGAAAGAAUUUAUCGAGAUGUUUAAGAACAAGCGAAUGACUCUUGGUUAUACGCAAGAAGAUGUCGGUCUAGAAUUAUCUGGAAGUAGUGGUCCAUGUUAUAGUCAAUCAUUUAUAUCGCGCUUUGAAUCGAAGCAACUUGCGGCAAAAGCAUCAGAGAAGAUGAAACCAUUACUGCAAGCUUGGUUGGAUGCUAAAGAUGCUGAUCAGGUUACAGGAGUAAGACUUUGCAAGAAACGUCGUAGAAGAACAUCAUUCACGAGUGAUUCUUUGGCUAUAUUAAUUGAUCAUUACAAAAGGAAUCCCAAACCGAAUCCAAGCGAAAUAUCCGCUAUAGCUUCGCAACUGAACAUUGAACCUGUAACUGUUAAAGUUUGGUUUUGUAAUCGAAAGCAAAGCGAAAGACGUCGAUCUCUAGGCAAGUCUAGCGGUGGUGAAACUUUGAAAGCAGAAUUGGAAGCAAACAUAACUAAUAAAGGCAAAAUCGAUCCAAGUACUGAACAAGCUAAUUCUUAUUCAUUGGGGCGUUUGCAGCCUCUUAUUUCCGAACAAACACCAGUUACUGUCCUCGAUGCGACUGUUGUACAGUUUCAACCAGGUGCAACAAUAGCAACACACGAAGAUACCUCAACGUCAAGAUCUUAUUGUGCUACUCCUGUUACUGUCAUUAACACUGACCCUCAUAUAAUGCAAUAUUCAGCAACAGCCGAAGGCGACAGUACAACCAACACUCAUUCAUUUACGACUCCUAUUGCUGUCAUGGAAACAGAGGUGCCUACGUCAGACAGGGCUUCGUCAACGACUGCAGUUCAGUAGCAUCAUGUUUGUAAGUUUGCGUAAAAACAUUAUGGUUGUUAUAUGAACGAUCUUUAACAAUGACCUAUUUGCACCAUGAUUUUGAGGAAAAUUGCUAGAAAUGUUUUAUUUUUGACUAUUGGUGUGUAGGACAACAUUGUUUAAGCUUGUUCAACAACCUAUCAAUAUUUGCGCAGGUAGCCAAUCGCAAAGAUAAUUAUCUAAAAUUUACUAUUAUUUCAGAAACGAUCAACGUAAAUGACUUUACAUAUCACGUUUUCGCGUUUUUUCAAUAGUUUCCGGAAGUAAAGUAUUUAAAGGCUGGUACUCUCCGCUGAUUAAUAGGUGAAUUAUUUCAGCACGAUGGAUACGAAAAAUACGUUUUGCAUUAUAGUUUUUUUACUAUGCGUUGGCAGCGUUGAUUUAGAAAGUGAUUUUUUCAUACUUAGCAAGGAAUCUUUUAGGAAAAACGUGAUAAUACGUACAAACUAUCAUGAAAUGAGGACCCCGUACAAUUCAUUUCAUAAUAUUACAUAAAAGUGUCAAGCGGAGGGUAUUUGGUCUUGUAUAAAAAAAAUUUUCUGUCAUCGCCUGUAGGAAUCGCCAUGGACAUCACUUCACGACAGUUAAAUAAUGGUCUCCAAUAAGAUAUGUGUUGAGUUAUUUUUUAGUGCAGCAUUUUAUUGAUAUUUUAAGCAGCUAAAAGGCUUUCAAAGACAAGGUUUUUUUACCAGAAACAAACUGUUGUUCAAAAAUAUUGAACACUAAAAUAUAAACGGUGCAUGAUCCGUAGUUGAUAUUUAGUUCACUAACAAUAUCAACGCAAUGUUGAUUAAAUUGUAGAAAAUGUAACAGGUUAAUAUAUAGACACGCUUCUAUAACUUGUUGAAUAAAGUGAAAUAUUCACACUUCAUGUGGAAGCA